AUGACCACGACCGCUUCUUUCAAUGAUACUUUCAAAGUGUCCGACAACAUUGCUGUGAUUUCCCCAGACACUAAAACUCAAGUUACCUACAAAGAGCUCUCGCACUUCACGGGCCAUUUCCAGACUUUGUUCAACUCGUCCGACUCGCCUCUUUACAAUGUCGUCGGCAGGCAAUCCGCGAUCGCGAUCUCCAUGCCCAACGGUCUAGAAUUCGUGACUGCGUUUUUAGGAGCUACUACAGCUGCAAAGAUUGCAGCGCCCUUGAACCCUAAUUACAGGGAGAAAGAAUUCAACUUUUACCUCGAAGAUUUGAAGGCUAAGGUCAUUGUGGUGCCCCGUGGUACCACUGUUAAGCAACCUAGAGCGGAGAUCUUGAAAUCUGCGCCUAAGUUCGGGUGUUUCAUCGUUGAACUGUAUUUCCACCAGGAGAGGUAUCGGGUCGAAUACGAUGUCUACUCACCAAAAGAUAGCUACAGAUCCAAGGUUUAUACUUCGCUUGACAAAGCGGUUUUUGUCAAUCAUUCCGACAAGUUCCCUGGAUUUGCUCGCUCGACCGACGUGGCGCUGAUUUUGCACACUAGCGGAACUACGUCGCGCCCCAAGACUGUGCCACUCUUGCACCUCAACAUUGCCAGAAGCUCGCUUAAUAUUGAGAAGACUUACCAACUGUCCCCCAAGGAUCGUUCCUAUCUUGUCAUGCCACUCUUCCAUGUGCACGGCCUCAUUGGCGUACUUUUGUCCACGUUUCGGGCACAGGGCUCCGUCGUCAUACCACCUCGUUUCAGCGCAAAGCACUUUUGGGAUGAUUUCGUGACUUGGCGUUGUAAUUGGUUCAGCUGCGUGCCCACCAUCAGCAUGAUCAUGCUUAACUGUCCUAAACCAACGCCUAUGCCCUACAUUCGUUUUAUUAGAUCGUGCUCUUCGUCGCUGGCGCCUGCCACUUUUCAUAAACUUGAAAGCGAGUUCCAUGCUCCGGUCUUGGAAGCCUACGCUAUGACGGAAGCAGCUCAUCAAAUGACCUCGAACAACUUGCCUCCGGGCAAGAGAAAGCCUGGUACUGUGGGACAGCCACAAGGUGUCGAAGUUGUGAUUCUUGAUGAAAAAGACAACAAGUUGCCACAGGGAUCUACUGGCGAAGUCUCGAUAAGGGGUGAGAACGUUACGCUUGGUUACGCCAACAACGAGAAGGCCAACAAAGAGAACUUUACUAGACGUGAAAACUAUUUCCGCACAGGAGACCAAGGAUAUUUCGAUUCCGAGGGCUUCUUGGUUCUCACCGGGAGAUUAAAAGAGCUGAUUAACCGUGGCGGGGAGAAGAUAUCUCCGAUUGAAUUGGACAGUGUGAUGCUUUCGCAUCCGAAGGUCGACGAGGCCGUAGCGUUUGGCGUGGAUGAUGAGAAAUACGGACAGGCUGUCAAUGCUGCUGUGGUGCUCAAACAGGGCCAGAAAUUGAGUUAUGAUGAAUUGGCCUCGUACCUGAAAAAGAAAGUGUCUUCUUUCAAGGUGCCAGUCAAGAUUUUCUUUGUCGACAAGCUACCAAAGACCGCUACUGGCAAAAUCCAGCGUAGAAUCAUAGCUGAGGUGUUUGCAGGGAAGCCAAAACUUUAG